UGCAGUGAUACGACUCGCAUCCUUUGUUUGCACCUGACGUAUCGUGACGCGACGUUUUAACAUGCCUCAAAACAAGUUCCAGAGGACUUUUAUCGUCGGCUGUGGAUGCACGGCAUUCAUAAAGCCUAGAGGGCAGAGGACAACGGAGGAUAUGGGACUUGAAGCAGGGACAAAGGCGCUGCUCGAUGCUGGUAUCACAUACGAUGCAGUGCAAACUGCAUUUGUGGGUUACUGCUAUGGUGAUUCUACGAGCGGUCAACGAGCUCUUUAUGGCCUUGGAAUGACUGGGAUACCCAUCACCAACGUGAAUAAUAAUUGUUCGACCGGAAGUACUGCACUGUUCCAUGCGAACAAUGCUGUCAAGUCAGGUCUGGUCGACUGUGCCCUCGCAUUGGGCUUUGAGCGUAUGGCGGCGGGUAGUCUUGGGACCAACUUUCCCGACAGGCCACCACCGACUCUCUUGUUCCAUAAGCGGACCGUAGACCUCGAAAAGACCCUAACUUCCGGAACAAACUUUGGUCCAGGUGCUCCGCGAAUGUUUGGCAACGCAGGGCAAGAGUAUAUGGAUAAAUUCGGUGCCGAAGUCAAACACUUGGCCAUGAUAGCCGCAAAGAAUCACGCACACUCCGUCAAGAACCCAUAUUCACAAUUCCGUAACGGAUGGACGGUUGAACAAGUCCUACAAGCACCUAAAAUUAAUGCUCAACUCACGAAGUUCAUGUGCAGUCCUACAUCGGAUGGUGCAGCCUGCUGUAUCGUUGCAUCAGAAGACUUUGUACAUGCCCAUGGAUUGGAGAAUCAAGCCAUUGAAAUAGUUGCGCAAGGCCUUGAGACGGACGACCCUGCUGCGUAUGAUGCUGAGAGCGCUAUGGAUGUUGCCGGUUACGGGAUGUCGAAGCGAUGUGCUGACAAUGUAUUUAAAGACGCUGGCUUUGCCGAUGGUGAAGGGCGUGACUUGGUUGGCGUGGUUGAGCUGCAUGACUGUUUUUCCGCAAACGAACUCAUUACAUAUCCUGCACUUGGACUUUGUGCCCCUGACGAGGCCCAUAAGAUGGUCGAAAGGGGUGACAAUACGUAUGGCGGCAAGUAUGUUGUAAACCCGAGCGGCGGUCUUGAAGCCAAAGGACAUCCACUCGGGGCUACUGGUCUGGGUAUGCAUUUUUAUAUAACAAUGCAAUUGCGUAAUUUGGCAGGACCUAUGCAAGCACCUGGCUUAUUCGACAUUCCGGACAAACGGGGAAAAUUCGGUCUUGUUCACAAUAUUGGUAUUGGGGGUGCAGUGGUCGUUAGUCUACUCCGCAGACCUGAGUUUUACAAAGCGGGGGGUAUUGACAGCCAGGCUAGGCUAGGAUACAAUCACGCUUAUGAAUGCCGGCCUGUUACGCUUGCAGAUGUCGACAAAGUCAAGUCGAAGAAAUCAUCGAAGUUUGUCCUUCAGCAUGCAAAACUUUGAAAAGCCUAUGAAAUAUCUUAUAUUUGUAUCUUCUUGUGUUAUCGAUCCGUAAUCUAGUAUGCCAAUGAAGCGGAAGAUAUUUUGGUAGAUGAGUCUGGAUCAUAAAGAAAACCAAAGGAAAACACUUUAUUGGGCUAC